CGCCUGCCUGCCAGUGCCAUUUCGAACUCGAACGCGUUACAAUGUAUCUGAGACAGAGAACACAAUCAAGAAGCAGAAGCUCAACCGGAGCGGCAAUGGGAACAAUCAUCAACGUUUCCGUUGUGCUAUUGUUGCUGCUGGCGCAGGUGAGCGCCUACAAGGCGGUAAUACCAGCCGAUGCAGAGAAUCCCGGCAAAUGCAUUUAUCGCGGCGAUCUGCUGCAGUUGGGCGUUAACAAUGGGAUACCGCCAUGUCAGCGACUGACUUGCAACGAGGAUGGCUCCAUACUUAUCGAGGGUUGUGGCAAACUCUCAAUCGAACACUGUAAUCGAGGUGAACGCAUCUAUCCGGCCAAGCCAUUCCCGGAGUGCUGUCUACUCAAAUACAAGUGCAAGGAGCGUGAUGGCGCGCCCUAUUUCAUCGAACGGGAUGCUGCCGAACGGGCGUAGAGGACAUCUGUCUGGAAUCAAAGCAAACAAUCAGCACAACUAAUGCUUAUUUAUUUUGUAUUUAAAAUUUUUUUUUACCAGUUUGUUUUUUUUUUAUACGUUGAUAUAAUAUAAUUUUAAUUUGUUUGUGAGUGAGCACUCAAAAAUGCCGAA